AUGGCCGGAGCCACCCGCAAGCCGCAAACAAGCUCCGAGUCGCCCCUCGGAGGCUGCUCGGCCUCGUAUGCGACCUUGAGCUUGAGAAUGCAAGAAAACAUAGUCGUGUGACACAGGGGUGAAAACCCACUGUACCAUGAUCAGCCCUGUAGCCCGGAGUACUAUCUGCGACCGAACGCGACUCUUGGGCUGACAACCAUGGCUUCCGUAUGGCAGCAAAUUUAUUCUACUGUAGUGCGACCUCAUCGAGCCCAUACGGCAUCCCUGCGUGUGCCAUAUGGCUCGUCGUUAUAGAGCCAUAAAACGAUCCCUAUCGCUCCCAUAUGGCUGCACGCCGGCCGCCAUAGGGCUCCCUUACCCCGAUGCCUGA